AUGUAGAGAAGUCAAUCCUUUUCAGAAAUUCAAUCAUUAAAUAAUUAAGUUAAAAUUGAAGAUUUAGUAUAACAAUCUCCAAAUUAGAUUGAAAAUCAAAUCAAAUAAUAACAAUACAUAUUUUAAGCUAGCUUUGCAAAUUAAACAUAAAUAUGUAAUACUCCUUUAGAAAAAUACAAUAAUUCUGCUUUGGGGAACACAAUAAUAAAAUAGGGAUUAAUCUAUAUUAAAAUAAAUACAGGAAGUUUUAAGAAAUCAAACAUCUAAUUAACAAUAGAAAAAUUAGUAAUUUUGGAGGAUAAAUAAUGGUUUAUGGUUUUUAAUUUAAAAUACUUAGCAUUUAAUCUGAUAUAAGUAAUGAGUUAUUCAUAUUAAAAAUAAGUGUAACAAAAAUUCUUUAAGACUUAUUAAAAUUGAUUUUUACAAAAUGAAUAAGGUAAUUUUUUUGAGGUUUAAUGAUGAAAUUGAAGGGAAAUUAUGGUUUUAAUGUUUGAAGAUGAUAGAGGAUAAGUUUAAGAAUUUUUAUCAAAAAUUAGUUAUCAAAGAUAUGUAUUUUGGAACAAAUUUUGUGACUCAAAAUGAAUUCUUGGAUUGGGCAGAAACAGGUGAUAUUUUGCUUUUUGAGUAUAACAGCUUAUUUAUAUUUCAGAACUGAUCAUUAUUUGGCUAAAUUACAGAGAGUGUUCACAAGUUCUAAUUUUGACCAUGUUGGAUUGAUAAUUCGAAAAUAAGAGCAUAAAGAAAUUAUUAUAGUAGAUGUUAAAAAUAAUAUAGUAUAAUUUAAUUAAAAUUAGGGAGUUGACUUUGAAUUUUGGAGUUUUUUUCUUAAAUAAAAUACUCAAUUCAAAAAAAUCUGUUAUAGAAAAUUAUUAAAUAUUGAUAGAGGUUAUAUAAAUUAAAGAAUUUAGGAAUUUAUUGAUGUAUUAUAUAAUAUUAUUAAGAAAGUUUACGGACAGGAAUUUCAAUUAAAUAUAAUGAAGUUGUUACAAUAAUAAAGUGAUGGGUUAAUCAAUAAAGGGUAUUUUUGUAGUGAACUGAUUGCAAAGGCAUAUAAAUAUUGUUAAUUGUUACCACAGAAAAAGGCUAGUUCUCAAUAUUGGCCAGUGACAUUUUCAAAAUAAUUAAAAUUAUAAAACAAAGCAGAAUUGAGCCAACCUAUGAUGAUUUUAUUAGACAAUGAUAUUAAUUAUUAAUUAUGA